AUGAAAGAUGGAAGUGUCUCGAUCGAAAAAGGUCCGCCCAAAUCGUUGAAGAAGCUGUUGAGGACAAUGCUGUCCGAGCUUGACAGCCUCCGACAACAAGGUGAAGAAGAGGCGGUUGCCGAAGAUGAGAAGGCCGACAUGUCUUCGCCAACUACCUCGGCGGCUAUAUUAGACGCAGCUUUACCGGUCGCCAAAACAUACGACAACGAAGUGCGACCCCUUUUGCCCAUGACGGAAUGGACCCUCUCAGAUAUUCCCGAAAGUCACCCACCACUUCCGCCUAUUCUUGAUCCUGCGCAAGAAAAAAUGGCACUCACACACCAAGGAAUGGUGGAGAAGAACUGGCACCGGAGCUACGAGGUGUUUGAGUUUCUUGGUGAUGCUUUUAUCUACCACUUGGCAUCUGAAUACAUAUCCCAGACUUUUCCACUGCUUUCGCCGGGACGGUGCUCCCAGAUUCGAGAGCGCCUCUUACGCAAUUCCAAUCUGUCACUAUACUCGCUACACUACGGCUUGGACAAACGAGCGAAGCUGCCUGCUGAAUUCAAGGGCGAAGGCAGGGAUGGUGGAUCACGUGCACGCCUUGAGCAGCGAAAUAAGAUGUACGGAGACCUCUUUGAGGCCUAUGUGGGUGCUCUGAUCCGCUCUGAUCCGCAAGGUGUUGAACGUGCGCAGAAGUGGCUGAAACGGCUGUGGGCAUUGACGAUUGAAAAAGACAUUCGCGAAGAGUAUCAGAGACGGGACAAAGAAAGAGCCCGAAACCCGUCAUUGGAAUCGUCAGCCACAGGACCGGAGCACACCUCUGAGAGACCACCGAAGCUUAAACUUAUUGAUUUAAUCGGAUGCAAACUUGUCAAAAUCCGAUAUGAAGAUGCCCCAUGCAAGCCUAGGAAGUGCAAGGACACCGGCCUGCCACUGUUUGUCAUCGAUCUCUGGGUUGAUGGAUGGGGCAAAUCCGAAUGCCUUGGACAUGGUAGCGGGCUUUCAAAAAAGGAUGCUGGCAGCAACGCAGCACAACAAGCAUUACUAAGCACGAAAGUACUCAAAUUUUACAUCAACAAGAAAAAGGCACUUUUGAUGUCAGAGGAAGAGCAGGCGAAACGAACGGCUGACUUGUAA